UUGUGCUCGCAAACUAACUCCAGAUGCAAAUGUCUGCCUCACAGUUGCUUUGAAUCGCGGCUCGCUCUUAAGUUUGCAGGUUCUGCUCCGUGCCCGCGUGGGUCUUGCGGGUACCCCGGUUCCCCCCCACCCUCCACAUUCCAACAAAACAUGCUUGUUAGUAGACUUUAUGCCGAUCUGAUCGGUGUGAUCGGUAUCGGCCGAUAAUUAGCAUUUUAUGCUGAUCGGCUGCACACAAGACAUUUAACUCCGCGUCGCCGUUGGGCAUGAAUCCAAAAGCUAGUUUAUUUUUAGCCUUGUCACGUGCCUUGUGGCGCAGUACUGUAACUUAUCUGACGGCCAAUGAAGAUUUUUCGAUCUUGUCGGUGAAAAAACAAGUCAUUGGUGUGGGACUAUUCUGCGGCGUCUCAGACAAAUUUGCAGUCUGUGCACGACUGAAGUACGUCGCGGGGAACGUCAUCUAAAUGCUUCAAAACAACAACUUUGAUCGGGCACCUGAAGAAUGUACACGAGGAGGAGCGUGCCGCGUUCAAGCGACGCAGCGUGAGGGGGAAUAAAAAAGGAAACGAUCAACGGACACAAACUCUGGACAAUACCCGUCCAUAUAGCCGGGACAGUGAGAAAGUUAGAGUAAGCAUGUCAUUAAUGGUAUUUGUUCAAAUCAUUUAACUUCAGUAAGUUAGCACCCAUUAUUUCUGUCAUGUUGUAAUGUUGAUUUGACCUAAACGUAUGUCAGUGGCCAAUCCUUGAUUGCCCCCUUGAGGUCAUUGAUGUUUUAACGUUUGUCUAAAAUGCUAGAGAAUAAUUUUGAAGGUACAGUACUCAGUAUGCGGUACACAAGUCUAUACAAUAAAUGAACAAGUCAUACAGUACACAAGUCUAUACAUGUCAAUGUGUCAUGUAAAUAGACACUUUGCUUCCUCUUGCGAUCGGAUCGGUUAUCGUUUUUUUAAACUUGCUGAUCGGUGAUCAGCCCCAAAAUCCGAAUCGUGUAAAGCCUACUUGUUAGUCAACACUCUAAUUCAGGGCUGUCAAACUGUUACGUUUUUUUCUGUUUGUUCAAACUCUUGAACAUUUUCAGGGUUCUUUUCCCCAGUGGAAGAUUUCAGCUCCCGCAAAAGAUUUUCAAUUGGAUUGAGAGCGGGACUCAUUGCUGGCCAUUUGAAAAGGGUCCUUUUUUUCCUUUUCAACCAUUCCUGUGUGCUUUGUGUCUUUGUCAUGCUGGAAGACCCAUGGUUUUCUUACACUCGGUGGAGGAGAUGCGUCGGGAUUUUGAGGAGAAGCUGCGGGCGUUCAGCCAGGCUCAGGCCCAGUUUGAGGCGGAUAAGCGGCGAGCGCUGGAGGAGCUGAGGUCCGACCACCGCCAGGAGGUGGAGGAACUCCUAAGCAGCCAGCACAACCGGAGCGCCACCUCCACCGAAGACCAGGAGAAAUUGGCUGAGCUCCAUAGACAAGAGGUGGACUCUUUGAUGGAGGGCGUGGAAGAGCUGACCAAAGAUAAGGUCCGGGUGGUGGAGGAGUACGAGGCCAAGCUGGCCAAGGCUCAGGAGUACUACGAGCGGGAGCUGGAGGCCAUGACGAGGACGCACCAGCUCACCACCGAAAACCUCCUGGCCUGGAAGCGGACCGAGGUUGAGCUCCGGAAGGAAUUCCAGGCGCAGGAGGCGGCGCUGCAGCGAUCUCUGUCUAAGCUGAGGAGCGAUCUUCAGAGAGCUCAGGAGGAGGCGCGCGAGAACCGGGACAAGACCAACAGACUGCAAACAUCUCUGGUUAACGCUGAAGGAACCAUCAAGAACCUGGACAAGCAGCUGGAGGAAGCCAUCCAGGACGGCGAGAUCUGGGUGAUGCAGCUGAAGGACACGGAAUAUGAACUGGAGGCCUGCAGGGAACGAGUACAGCAGCAGGCGACGGAGAUCCUCCACAAAGCGAGUCAGAUCGGAUCCCUGCAGGCCACCCAGAUGGCCCACGAGGCAUCCAUCCGCAACCUGGACCAAGAACAGAGUCGGCUGAAGGAGAAGAUUGGCCGGCUGGAGCAGGAAAGGGAGGCCCUGCUGAACCAGAACCAGGUGGCCGGCGAGCAGCACAAACAGCAAGUGCUGAAACUAGAGCAGUCUCUGCGUGAAGAGCACCAGGGCUACGAGAAGGAGCUCUCCAGACUGAGAGCUCACUACGAGGAGGAGACGCGUCGCUACAAGGAGGCGCAGGGCAGAGCCAUGGAGGAGAUGGAGGAGAAACACCGAUCCGUCAGGGAGGAGGCGCAACAGGAGAAAGAGGAGGAGAAGAAGCUUCUAAUGAAGAAAAUCAGCCAAGAGUUUGAAAUCAAGCGUCUGUCUCUGGAGGAGCAACGAGACCGAGUGCAGCAGCAGCUGGACAACUUGAAAGAGGAGCUCUCUGCCAAGCUCAACAUGGCCAAUCAGGAGGUGUCCCACCUCCAGGAGUUAGUGAGGGAGAGGGACCAGAACGUGAGCUCGGCACACAACCAGAUCACCUGCUUGAAGGAGACACAGGAGAAGCUGAAGAUAGAACUGGACGCCACCAGGGCCCGCGUUCGAGAAACCAGCAACCUGCUGACAGACCUGCAGGAGGAGAUUGAGACCCAGAAACAGCAACACGAGGCCCGCGUGAUGUCCAUCCGAACCGAGGAGAAGCAGAAGACGGACAAGAUGGCCGACAACUUGGAGCAAAAAUGGAGAGAAGCACUUCGUGAAGAAGUGCAUCUUCUGAGGGAGGAGCUGAGCGAGGAAUACGACGCCGACAAGCAGGCGGCGCUGACUCGGCUCUCCCAGCAGAAGGAGCUGGAAAUGAUGGCCGCCAGGGAGAGCUGGCAGAGGAAGGCGGAGGACCUGCUCGAACAGAUCUCGCUGUUGAAGCAGUCUCUGGAGCUGCAGCUGUCUCAGUCGCAGGCGGCCCUUCAGCAGCUGCAGUCUCAGUUCGGCCAGGAGAGGGAGCUGCUCGGCCAGCAGCUCAAAGAGAUGCAGAGAGAACAUCAGAGGAGAGAACAUCGGCUCCAAGAGGCCCACUGCUGCGCGCUGAGCACCAUGGAGGAGGCCCGGCAGCACCAGAUCCGGGCCCUGGAGGAGCGUCUGAAGCAGGAGCACAGAGAGGAGGUUCACGCUCUCAAGGAGGCCCACAGGAGGACCUUGGACAUCCUCAGACAGCAGUCAGACCAGGAACUGCAGACGCUGCGAUUUGAACUUGAAGAUGAGGGCAAAGCCAAGCUCGCGUCCCUCCGUGCCGAGCUGAACCACCUCCACGCGUCGGCUAUCGAGCAUCUGAAGCAGAUCCACCUGAAAGAAAACUCCACCGCCAAACGGGAGCUGGAGAAGGCCGUGGAGCAUAGCCGCCGACAGGAACAAGAGCUGCUGGUUCGUAUCUCGGACUUGCAGGCAGAGGGGUGUUCCCGUAGCAACCGUAUCACAGACCUGGACCACGAGAGCCACUCUUUGAAUGAGACCAUCGACACCCUGACGCGAGAACUGGAGUUGAAGGGCAAAGAGGUGCUUCGGGUCCGCAGCGAAGCCAAUCAUCAGAUCAGGGCUCAUGAACAAGACUUUGCCAAGAGGCAAGAGAGGGAGCUGGGAGAGCUCAGUGUGGUCCAUCACAGGGAGACGCACAUCAUGUUGGCAGACUUCAACAAGGCUCAGGAGGUUCUCAAAGACAAGAUCACCGCUUUGCAAAUCAUACUGGAAGGCACAGAAGAGAAGCUGAGGAACAGAGAGAGCCGACCUGAAGAUCUGCAUCUCAUCGCCGAGCUCCGUGAGAUGGUCUCAGAGAGGGAGGCUUUGGUCAAAAAGCUGGUGGAUGACAAAAAGUUUUACCAGUUGGACUUGGUCACCAGAGAGACGGGCUUCGGCAAAGUCUUCAACUCCAGCGCCAAUGUCGGGGUCAUCAACCCUCUUAUCAAGCCUUCGUGAGGCCGAGACGGCGCCGUCGCAGCACAAAGCGACGGAAGCAGGAAAAAGCAAAGAUUCCGCUGCAAAAUAAGAGGAGCUGUUCGCUCACUGCUUUUCGUGAUGGCCAAAAGCAAUUUUGUUUAACAGGGACGCAAUGGGACGCACGGCUAAAUUUGGACAAGAAUUCAAUUCAGAGUAGCAGAAUUGUAAUUGCGGUCUUCCUUGUCCCAAAAGCGCAAGGUACAGGACCAGCUCGACCAUUGCGAAUAUUUCCCCUCCUUCUCUUGUUACAAAUUGAUGGAGAUGGUGCGUUUGAUGUAAACCAGGCAGGAAGGGUUUGAGCGACCGCCUCCUCCGACCACGUUUAGCUUGCCGUCUCAAUGCAUCGACUGUGCACGUUUGCCGCGAGCUCUGAGCUCACCGUGAAGCACCUCAGCCGCCGAAGCGGCUUUCGACUGUUUUCGAUGCUCCGUCAUCAGACCGGAGACAUCUCCGGGAGCCGUUCGUGUUCAUUUGAUUUCUCCGGUGACACUCGUUUGCUCUGCGUCUCUGUCUGCACUCCAGACCGUUAGCGCAUGCGGAAACAGCAACAGAAACGCUCGCUCACUUGAAUUGUCUGUCGUCUUCUUUUUUUUUUUUUUCUUUCAACCUGACUCGAAGGUUUUGCGUUGUUCGUGUGAAUCUUUAUUUGUCGAUUGUGAAAGUCCAUUCUGUCCAUCGUUUUUCCAAGUGCGCGAUCGUGAGUGAAAAGUGAGUCACGAAGAAAGAACGAUGGUGCUGAAAUGAACGCCGUUUGUAGUGUGCCUUCAUCGUUGUGCGUACAAACGAUCACACGGUGGCAGUGUGAGUUUGUUGGGGUGCCGUCUUGUGGUCCAUUUUCAGAUUGCAGGAAGCCCGUUGCCCCCGUUGCCCCCAUUGCCCUCAUUGCCAUCAUUGCGCUCCUCCUCUCGCCCAAUGUCAUCGUAUCAAGUUUUCGUGUUUUAUCUUGCACUUGUUUUGCCAGCACCGGCAACUACAACCUCAUCUUCUAUCUUUUUGCACGUUCAAAAGUAAAUCGCUGUACCUUGGAAGAGUGCGCUAGCUUGGUUGACGCAUUGAAAACUUGACGACAUUUGUUUGUUUAAUUCUUAAAGGACAGAAAUAGAUAUUCAUUGUAGCCCUAUUUCUGACAGUGGACAACUUCCAAGCGGCAGAUUUGUUGUGCUUUCUUCUCUAACACAGUAGCAUCAAAGCUUCGAAGGAUGUGGAAGGCUUCUUCUCAAAGCUAACAAACUUAAAAAAAAAAAAUGGAUGUGAGAAUGUAUCUUUCCGGAUCCCACGGCGUCGUUUCGGACGUGCGCGAGUGUCAUCGUCAAUCUCUUCUUUUAGUCUGAAGAACAAAUAUACCGACGAUUGUACUGCAUUGUUUGGUACAGCCCGGCACCGAAGCACGGUCGCUUCGUUCCGUUUUGCACACUGUGAUGACUUUCGAGCUUCGGUUCCUCUGUAAUUCCUUUUCGUUUCCAUGUGGAUGGAAGGUGAAACACUUGUCGACUCGGUUCAUCGCAAGAAGCACUUCCGACAUUUUCGUACACGUAACUCUACGUGCUGGUAUGUUUUCAAAUGUUCCCAAACUCCAAACCUAUGAGGAAAGAUGAUCUGAAUGGACUUUUUGUUUUCCUUUUGCCCGAUUUCAUUUGCGUUAUGCGGAGUGCCGACACGAUCCGUCAUCGUCUUCCGGCCGACAUCGACGACCUCGAAAAUUCCUUCGCUCGAUUUAGCGGUGAGCAUCCGACCGCUGAUCAGGAGCGACCCCUUUGUCGCCAGGCAACCACAAACCUUUGAUUCGCGUGCUGUGAGCAAUGAACGUCUGCUUCGAUUCACUUUCGACUCCCUGUUGUCAAAUGUGGUGAUUUUAGUCACUGUCCCUAUGAAAGCUGACGUCGGCGCUGACACGUCCGCCCAAGUUUGCAUUUGGAGCCCAGUUGAGAGUGGAUCAACCUUGUGACUUCUAUGCUUUUGGUUGUCUUGACAUCAAUGUAUAACAGUGUUUAUAUCGAUAUCAUUUCUGUCGUAUGUUAUCAAACAGUAAAAGUAUCGUUGUGAGCUUCGGUGUAUUGUU